CUAAUAGUAAAUAACUUUGAAGAGGACGUGUUUGAGGUUCGAAGAAUCUCUGGCUUUACGACCGCCAACGACUUAGUAGAAAAGCUACAGGAUUCCCUUAAAAUCGCUAAAGAUGAUAUAAAAGAAUUGCGAGAGCAAAAGAAGAAGUUGCUAUCCGAUCGCAAACUAAGAGAAGAACAGGAACGCGAAUAUAAAGAGAGUGCUGAACUCGAUAAAAGAAAGAUUUUAGAAGCGAAAAAGGUUCAGAGAGAGAAGGAAGAGGCCGAAGAGAACGAGCAGAGAAGGCGAAAAGAUACCGAAGAGAGGAGAAAGAUGAUAGCAGCUCAGCGCGAACAGCUAAGGCAGCAUCUUACGGUGGCCCCACUCAAGGGAGAAACUGUUAACAUUCAAGUUCGAUUUCCUUCUGGCGAACGAUUUGCAAAAAAAUUUGCACUUGACGAUAGUUUGGAGAUGAUAGCAGCUCAGCGCGAACAACUAAGGCAGCAUCUUACGGUGGCCCCACUCAAGGGAGAAACUGUGAACAUUCAAGAGUUAUUCCUAGCUAUAUUAUGUCACAAAACAUGUCCGGAUUUCUUCAUUGUUCUUUCUGGAUAUCCUCGUUGUCAAAUCAACUGUGCUCCAGAAUGGUAUCACUUGUUGCUGGCGGAACAGCUAUCAGCAGACGGAUUGCCCAGGCCAAAGUUCACGCCAGUCUCCUCAUUUAGAAAUGCAGGAUUGAGAAAAGCCGUUGCAGUCUUUGUCAAAAGCUGCUGA